AUAUAAUUUGUGAACGUGUUUAUUGCGUCUGCUAUUUUGAGUACCAACAACUUUCAACAUGUUGUGCUGUGGGGGUGGCGAUGAAGAUAAUUAUGGUCCACCGGCUAGUCAACACACUGCACCCCCUAACCGCAAUAUUCCAGGUCAUGAUAGAGAUCCAAGAGGGCCUAUUCCUGCCAGAAGUGGUGCCCCUCAAAAAUCUUUGCCAAUUGAGAUACCAGCGAUACCAUUGGCUGAACUGAAUCGAUUAACCUCUAACUUUGGCCAGAAGGCUUUGAUUGGGGAAGGCUCCUAUGGUAAGGUUUUUCAUGCAACUCUGAGUACAGGAGAGCCUGCUGCUAUAAAGAAGCUAGAUCCUAGUGUCUCAAAUGACCCUGAUUCAGAUUUUGCUGCUCAGUUAUCAAUGGUUUCGAGACUUAAACACGAGUAUUUUGUUCAGUUGUUGGGCUACUGUUUAGAGGCAAAUAAUCGGAUAUUAGUAUAUCAGUUUGCGAGUAAUGGGUCUUUACAUGACAUUUUACAUGGGAGGAAAGGAGUGCAAGGUGCUGAACCUGGACCUGUGCUGAACUGGAAUCAAAGAGUGAAGAUUGCCUAUGGUGCAGCAAGGGGUCUUGAGUAUCUUCAUGAAAAAGUCCAGCCACCAAUUGUUCAUCGGGAUGUCAGAUCCAGCAACGUUCUUCUGUUUGAUGAUUAUGAGUCCAAAAUUUCUGACUUUAAUUUAACUAACCAGUCUCCUGACACAGCAGCUCGUCUGCAUUCAACUCGAGUUUUAGGAACUUUUGGUUAUCAUGCUCCGGAGUAUGCAAUGACAGGGCAAUUGACACAGAAAAGUGAUGUUUAUAGCUUUGGUGUCGUUCUUUUAGAGCUUCUAACAGGAAGAAAGCCUGUAGACCAUACAAUGCCAAAAGGCCAGCAGAGCCUUGUUACUUGGGCAACUCCAAGGUUGAGCGAAGACAAAGUUAAACAGUGUGUGGAUCCUAAGCUAAACAAUGAUUAUCCACCAAAAGCUGUUGCAAAGAUGGCAGCAGUUGCAGCACUAUGUGUUCAAUAUGAAGCUGACUUCCGACCAAAUAUGACGAUUGUUGUCAAGGCUCUUCAACCUCUUCUCAACACAAAACCAGCAGGAGACAACCAUAAUUGACCUCAUAGCAUUGCUUUUCCUCCCCACUUUUUAUUGGUGAUGGUACCAUCUUGAUUCAGGUCCAAAUAUGACCAUCGAUGUCAAGGCUCUUCAACCUCUUCUAAAAACAAAACCUGCUGGAGACAACCAUAAUUGACCUCACAGUACUGUGUUUUCUCCCCAAUUAUUAUUGGUGAUUACACCAUCCUGAUUCAGUCCUCUCCAUGUAUCAAGCAAAUUUUGUGGAUGAAAACUGAUAAUAUGUCACAGUAUGUGAAUGUCUUACACAAUCAACUAAAAUAACUAUGACUCUUCUUUUGAAUACAGCAAAACUUUUGUUAA